AUCCCAACAGACACCAGUAUCCGACGGACCGUUGCCGCCGUUUGGCGAUUUUCUGCGAAAUCAAUUUUUGUUUACAUCACCGUGUUAUUAAUUUUUUUUUUUGUUGUCGUCUAUGACCCAAUAUAGAUUUAAUACUUGUCGCACGAACCGAUAUAAAUAUAUAAACAUUUUGUAUAGUAUAUUCGAUUUGUCGAUCACUUUGAAUUUCCAUAUAGCCGCGAUAUAACUAUACGUAUAGUGUCACCGGCCGUUAGUUCGAAGUACGAAUCAUUUAAUAUAUAAUAUUUAUAAAUUUAAAGUUCGCGGGUUUAUUCAGCUUCACGCCGAUUGACCGGAAACGCAAAUUUAUAUAUAUAUAUAUAUAUAUAUUACCUACGACAUAACAGCAGAACGUCUAAACGCGGGCAACAGCAUCACACGUCGACGAGACUACGAAGUAUACAUUUUAAAGGAAUUAUCAGUAUAGAAUAAAAUAUACCUACAACUAUGCAUUCGUACAUCAAAAAGUUGGGUUUCUUGUACAAAACGUAUGUGCUCACGGUUCUCACGCUGGGUUACCUCACGUCCGAGAUGGGACAUUUCUUGAUCGGAGUGACCAGCAAGGCAACGGCCAGGGACGUGCAUUACGGUGAUAUCAAAUGUCAGCUUUUGGGACAUUUGGCCGAGUCGACAGUGUUUAAUUACACGUUACACGAACGUUGCGACACAUCAAUCGACCAGAAAUCGUGCGAGUUGUUAGUUCAGGAAGAUGGCACACCGUUCUGUGAAUGGAACUACAAUGGACUCGGUUUCCAAUACCAGCUUUUGGCUGGACCAGCGUUUAUUGCCGUCUAUUCGAUCGUUGGAAUCUUUUUCGGCAUGGCCGCCGAUAAGUUCAAUAGAGUCCGACUACUGUCCCUGUGCACGUUGAUCAGCGCCACAGCUAUCGGUCUAAUUGGUAUGGCUACUAGUUACUGGCAUCUGAUACUACUCAGAAUCAUGCUUGCAGUCGGCGAGGCUGGUACCAAUCCCUUGUCUACGGGAAUACUAUCAGACUUGUUUUCAGAAGAAAAGAGAGGAUUAGUAAUGGCGAUCUUUAACUGGGGAAUUUACGCUGGUAUUGGUUUGGCUUUUCCAGUCGGCCGAUACGUUACUGAAAUGAACGUUGGUGGUUUGGGAUGGAGAGUGCCAUACUUUGUUAGUGGAAUGAUUGGACUGAUCGUAGCAGCUUUAGCUAUCACUACGAUGAAUGAACCAAAGAGAACAGCGAUUAGCGAAGAAGCCGAAGCCGACAACAAUGAUGUAUCAAAACCGCAUAUAAUGCAAAACACUACAUUACCUGUCGAGAGCGCCGAAAAGACCAACAUUUGGAAAGUACUUUUACAACCUAAAAUUUUGAUCUUGUGUAUCGCUGCUGCAAUCAGACACACCGGUGGAUUCUGUUUCGCCUAUAACGCCGAUCUCUUUUAUCGUGACAUCUUCCCAGGUUAUGAUCUUGGUUGGUCGUUGUUCGUGGUCACAUUCUUGGUCGGCAGCAUCGGUGUCGUAAUUGGUGGAAUCACUUCUGAUAGCAUUGUGAAGAAAUAUGGAAUUAAGUCUAGAGUAGCCGUCUUAGCCAUUAGUCAGUUGAUCGCCACGCCAUUCGCCUACGGAAGCAUUUACCUGGGACCAACAGGCGCCAUGGUGACACUAGCCAUAUCGUACCUGUUCGCCGAAAUGUGGUUCGGAAUCUUGUUCGCCAUACUUGUAGAGUCCGUGCCUAUGUCAGUCCGGUCGACAACCGUCGGUGCGUUCCUGUUUUGGAUGAACAACUUUGGUGGCAACGUUCCGAUGUUCGUGGAACCCGUUCGUAAAGCGUACGAUUACAAGACGGCAUUGGCCAUUUUCUACGCUGGUUUUUACUUGCUAAGUUCGUUAAUGUUUGGUAUGACCGUUUUAUUCAUGGGAAAGAAAAAAUUGAAGAACGCUAACAUUCAUACAUUGGCUGGUAUCGAAAAUGGAGGAUUCAAGAACACUGAAUUGGAAAAUAGUCUAAAAGGUUUUCCAAGUCUAGAAAACCAUUUGUAAAAAAGGAGAAUGUGAUCAGUAGUUGUAUAGCUGCAAAAGUUACGCCGACAUUUCGAACCGGGGAGACCUGCAUGCAGUGUUCGGUGUCCUCUCUCAUCACAAACCCUUGCAGCUAAGCGCCGCGGACGAUGAAAACGGAAAGCAAUAUUAUUAUUUUUCUAAUACGUAAUCGCGGCAUUUAAGAAAUAAAAGAAACCUGGACAAGGAGAUGUGAUAAUUAACGUUUAAGAAUUUAUUAUUAUUUUGUAAAUAACGUUUUUGUACAUUUGGUCGACUGCCGCCGCUGAUCGUUUGUUCUAUACAUAUUAAACCCACUAUUUGUUGUUCGGUGGUAAACUCUGUAGACAGCGAGCCAUUAGGCGCGACUGUCCUACACGGUUACCUCUAUAUUUAUUUAAAUUAUACCAAUAUUAUUUUAUUUAUAUUAUGAUUAAUAAAUAAUAUACAAUAUUGAUAUA